ACAAAUUAGAACGCACGCUUAACAAAUGAGUCGAUUCAAUCGUAAGCGCUGUCCUCCAUUUUAACACCUCCCGCAAAUAUAUACUUUUCUCACUUGUUCUUACAUCUUUAUUUUAAUUCAGUUCAACCUCAUCUUAAAUGGCUGCUGCUUCACUUGAAUCGCCGCCCUCCUCAUCCUUCUGGUGCUACACAUGCAAUCAUCUCUUCACGCUCCGCCUUCUAAAUCCACCACUCUCUUGCCCCGAUUGCGCCGCUGGAUUUAUCGAACAAAUCACCACUCCGACCAACACUUCCGUUCAAUCCACUUCUCCAACACUACCUCGCCGCACCAACAACCGACGUAGUACUACCACACCCGAUCGCUCCCCUUUUAAUCCCGUCAUCGUCCUCCGCGGACCUCCAGACGGAGGCGCCGCUGCAAACGACGCAACCUCCAGUAAUUUCGAGCUUUAUUACGACGACGGUUCCGGAUCCGGCAUCCGUCCUUUACCGUCGAGUAUGUCGGAGUUUUUGAUGGGGUCUGGGUUUGACCGCCUUGUUGAUCAGUUGACUCAACUGGAAAGCACCGGACUAAGCCGAUUCGAACAGCCGCCGGCUUCCAAAGCGGCAAUUGAGUCUAUGCCUGUGGUUAAAAUUAUGUCUAAUCAUGUUUGUAUUGAAUCUCAUUGUGCAGUUUGUAAAGAGGCGUUUGAGAUUGAUACCGAGGCGCGUGAAUUGCCGUGUAAGCAUAUUUAUCACACUGAUUGCAUCGUUCCGUGGCUCUCAUUGCGUAAUUCGUGUCCGGUUUGUAGACAUGAGUUAGCCACGGAUGCGCAGAGUGGGGGGGAUUCGCAGGAAUCGAAUGAGGAGAGUGUGGGGCUGACUAUUUGGAGACUGCCAGGUGGAGGGUUUGCUGUUGGGAGGUUCAGUGGAGGGAGGAGAGCAGCAGAGAGGCAGUUUCCGGUUGUGUUUACCGAGGUUGAUGGCGGGUUUAAUAAUAAUACUGGUGGGGUGCCUCGGAGGAUUUCGUGGGUACCUAGUGGAAGGAGACCGAGACAGAGAGGGUUUGGUCGUGCUUUUAGAAGUUUGUUUUCCUUUCUAGGAAGGAUUGGAAGGAGGGUUGAUGAUGAAUCGGGUUUAAGUCGAAGAAGUAGAGCAAAUUCUAUGGCGGAUAGGUCUUCGAGGAGGGAUAAUUCGAAUUGGAUUAUGCAUGGUUACAGACGGUAAACUGAAUUGGUCGAUUAUAAUGUCUUUAGGUUGGCUAUUUAAUUACUGAUAUCACUCAUUGUUCGUCAUAAGAAAAGGGAUUAUAUGUUUAAUGUACUAUGAUUAAGUCUAUGUAAAUAACAAGAAGCAAGGAAGAUAUUGGGAAUUACCAAGGUUAAAAUAUGUCAAGAACAGAAGUUUUGUAUUGUUAGGAGAUUAGUUUUUUUAUUCAUAGCAAAAGAUGGAAAGAGGAAGAUGAAGAAAGAAAGCUCCCCAGUUAAUAUGGGCCAUUUUAAAAGUUAAUGAGGUACAAAUCCUUGUUUGUAAUUGUGCCUCUUAUGUGUUUAAAGCCGGUUAAGUUUUCUGCUAACUGUUUUUGCAAAAAUGUUUAAUGCAUACCGUUUUACUCACUUGUAGCUUGUUGUCUGUAGUGUUGCUAUGUUUAAAUGUAUUUUAUAUAUAAAGAUUGAGUAAUAUUAUUCAUUUGACA